AUGGGGAGGCUAUUCAACGGUCUGGGCUGCCAAAGAUCGAAGGUCAACAGCAACCGCGUCAUCGGUUGGAUAGAACUGACAUUCUCAGACAGCGAAGAAGCCUAUGUUGCUAUCAAAAUCUCCACCUCGAAGACGGAAACUGAUACGCCAACCCAAGAGUUCGAAACCAUGAGCCAAUUAGCAUCAAUCGAUCCUCGCCCUCAGCAUGUUAUACAAAUGCUUGAUAACUUUGAUCUGGAGGGCCCAAACGGGAUGCAUAAAUGCUUCGUUCUUGAGACUUUAGGGCCUAAUGUUGAUGAUAUGGUCGAUUUCCACACUCGGGAUAGUAGAGUGCCUGGAAAACUUGCUAAGAUCCUCGCGAAACAAGCUCUUGUCGGGUUGGAAAGUCUCCAUCGGCAUAAGAUUGGACAUGGUGAUCUCCAUACUCGAAAUUUGGCUUUCACGAUACCCAGCAUGCACGGAUUACCCGAGGAGAGAUUUAUGGAGUUGCUGUCCAAACCUGAUAUUGGGAAAGUGACGCGAAGUGAUGGAAAACCAAUCGAUAUUGGUGUCCCGGAAUAUCUUGUUGGACAUACUCUGUAUCGCAGGGAGGCUUUGUCCUUUGAUACCAUCAAGAUUAUCGACUUUGGGGAAUCAUUCACGUUGGAUAAACCUCCUCGAAACCUCAACACUCCGCUUGCUAUUAGAGCACCCGAAAUACUGUUCAACGACCGAUUGGACUAUCGCGUUGACUUGUGGGCCAUGGGAUGUAUGCUCUUUGAGCUUUUCGUCGGCCAAACACCAUUUGACAGCCUCAUGGGCACGCCCCCGAUGCUCGCUGCCCAAAUGCAAGAGAUGAUCAGCGACUCGCUACCUGUGAGAUGGCAAGGUUCCUGGCUCGAAAUGAGGAAGGAAAUUACUCCAUCCUCAGAACCAGAAAUCAAAUUGCAGGAAUGGCUCGAGGAGUUAUACUUUGUGAGCGAUCGCAAGGCAGAGUUGACAAAAGAUGAUAUAGUUCAGCUUGGGGGUAUUAUCAGAAAACUACUGCGGUUUGAGCCUUCUGCCAGGGCAUCCGCGGAGGAGAUAUUGAAUGACCCUUGGUUUAGAGACAUGUCAUAA